UUGAAAUGCGCCGGGCGGGCGCACACUUGGGCUUGCAGCGUCGCCGCCGGGCUCUCCUCAGAUUGAGUCCUGGUCCCCGCGGCCGUGGUUUGCUCGGCUUAGUUCCCGCCAGCCUUGCUCCUGUCGGAGCCCGACGUCCCGCGCGCGCGUCAGGAUAGCACGGAGCCUGCGGUCAUGAAGUCAGCGAAGGCUAAGACGGUCAGAAAACCUGUAAUAAAAAAAGGAUCUCAGACAAACCUUAAAGAUCCAGUGGGGGUGUACUGUAGGGUUCGCCCCCUGAGCUUUCCUGACCAAGAAUGCUGUGUGGAAGUGAUCAAUAGUACAACCCUGCAGCUCCACACUCCUGAGGGCUAUCGACUCAACAGAAAUGGGGACUAUAAGGAGACUCAGUACUCAUUCAAGCGGGUAUUUGGCACUCACACCACCCAGAAGGAACUUUUUGAUGUUGUAGCUAAUCCCUUGGUAGAUGACCUCAUUCAUGGCAAGAAUGGUCUUUUAUUUACAUAUGGCGUGACGGGAAGUGGAAAAACCUACACAAUGACAGGGUCUCCAGGGUCUGGAGGCCUGCUUCCUCGUUGUUUGAAUAUGAUCUUUAACAGCAUAGGGUCAUUUCAAGCAAAACGUUAUGUGUUUAAGUCUAAUGAUAGGAACAGUAUGGAAAUACAGUGUGAAGUCGAUGCCUUGUUAGAACGGCAGAAAAGAGAAGCCUUGCCCAUUCCAAAGACCCCCUCUAGCAAGCGACAAGCAGAUCCAGAGUUUGCAGAUAUGAUAAAUGUACAAGAAUUCUGCAAAGCAGAAGAAGUUGAUGAAGACAGUGUCUAUGGAGUAUUUGUCUCUUACAUUGAAAUCUAUAAUAAUUACAUAUAUGAUCUAUUGGAAGAAGUGCAGUUUGAUCCCAUAAAGCCCAAGUGGAACGGCUGCAGUACACCUAUGAGGAACGCAGAGUCUGUACUCCCACAAUCUAAAACGCUCCGAGAAGAUAAGAACCACAAUAUGUAUGUGGCAGGAUGUACAGAAGUAGAAGUGAAAUCUACGGAGGAGGCUUUUGAGGUUUUCUGGAGAGGGCAGAAAAAGAGACGCAUUGCUAACACCCAUUUGAAUAGAGAGUCCAGUCGUUCACAUAGCGUGUUCAGCAUUAAACUUGUCCAGGCUCCCCUGGAUGCUGAUGGAGACAAUGUCUUACAGGAAAAAGAGCAAAUUACUAUAAGCCAGCUGUCUCUGGUAGAUCUUGCUGGGAGCGAAAGAACCAACCGUACUAAAGCAGAAGGGAACAGACUACGUGAGGCCGGAAACAUUAAUCAGUCAUUGAUGACACUAAGAACAUGCAUGGAGGUCCUGAGAGAGAACCAGACGUAUGGCACUAACAAGAUGGUUCCAUAUCGAGAUUCAAAGCUAACCCAUCUAUUCAAGAACUACUUCGAUGGGGAGGGGAAAGUUCGGAUGAUCGUGUGUGUGAAUCCAAAGGCUGAAGACUAUGAAGAAAGCUUGCAAGUCAUGAGAUUUGCUGAAGUAACCCAAGAAGUGGAAGUGGCAAGACCAGUGGACAAGGUGAUAUGUGGCCUGACACCCGGGAGGCGGUACAGGAACCUGCCUCGGGGAGGCCCCGUUGGAGAUGAACCUUUGGUGCCUGAAGUGAUUCUACAGAGCUUCCCACCGCUGCCCCCAUGCAAGCUUUUGGAUAUCAAUGAUGAGGAGACCCUUCCAAAGCUGGCUGACACUUUGGAGAAACGACAUCACCUGCGACAACUAAUGACCGAGGACCUUAACAAAAAAUGUCUAGCUUUCAAGGCCUUAUUAAAAGAAUUUGACAAUUCUCUAUCAAAUAAAGAAAACUACGUUCAGGAAAAACUAAAUGAAAGAGAAAAAGUGAUCUCGGGACAGAAAUUGGAAAUAGAGCGACUGGAGAAGAAAAACAAAACUUUGGAGUACAAGAUUGAGAUUCUGGAGAAAACAACUACGAUCUAUGAGGAAGAUAAGCGCAAUCUGCAGCAGGAGCUUGAGAGCCAGAAUCAGAAGCUUCAGCGGCAGUUUUCUGACAAGCGCAGAUUAGAAGCCAGGUUGCAAGGCAUGGUAACAGAAACGUCGAUGAAGUGGCAGAAGGAAUGUGAGCGUCGGGUGGCAGCCACCCAGCUAGAGAUGCAGAAUAAACUCUGGGUCAAAGAUGAAAAGCUCAAACAGCUGAAGGCCAUUGUGACUGAACCCAAACCUGAGAAGCCAGAGAGACCCUCCCGGGAGCGGGACCGGGAGAAAAUCAUUCCGAGAUCUGUCUCUCCUUCGCCUCUACCUCUUUCUAGUAACAAUAUUGCUCAGAUUUCCAACGGCCAGCAACUCAUGAGCCAGCCGCAGCUACACAGACGCUCUAACUCUUGCAGCAGCAUUUCUGUAGCUUCCUGUAUCUCGGAAUGGGAGCAGAAACUAUCUCCAUUCAGCACACCUGUCAAUGUCACCUCCCUUGCAAGGCAUAGGCAGCAGGAGCCAGGACAAAGUAAAACGUGUAUCGUGUCAGACAGAAGGCGAGGCAUGUGCUGGACUGAAGGCAGGGAGAUGGUCCCCACAUUCAGCAGUGAGAUAGGCGUAGAAGAGGACCAUUGCCGCAGGAACACCCCAAUUCCUGUACGACACAGAAGGUCCCGCUCUGCAGGGAGCAGAUGGGUAGAUCAUAAGCCUGCCUCUAAUGUGCAAACUGAGACAGUGAUGCAGCCGCAUGUCCCUCACGCCAUCACAGUGUCUGUUGCAAAUGAAAAGGCGCUAGCUAAGUGUGAGAAGUACAUGCUGACCCACCAGGAACUAGCCUCCGAUGGGGAGAUUCAGACUAAAGUCAUUAAGGGUGAUGUUUAUAAGACGAGAGGUGGCGGACAAUCGGUUCAGUUUACUGAUAUUGAGACUUUAAAACAAGAAUUGCCAACUGGUCGGAAACGAAGAUCGUCCACCCUAGCACCUGCCCAACCAGAUGGUACAGAGUCUGAAUGGACCGAUGUAGAAACAAGGUGCUCUGUUGCCGUUGAAAUGAGAGCAGGAUCUCAGCUGGGACCGGGAUAUCAGCACCACGCACAACCCAAGCGCAAGAAACCUUGAACUGACAGCCCCGGCACCAGAAGACCGUUUUUACUCGUGUUGGUGAUUUAUCCAAAGCUGUUCCAGACGCAGUGUCUGAGUCAUCUUGCAGAAGAAUGUAUCCAGAUCACGUUGCCCUUUUUUAUUGUGACUUUUUCAACUGCUCUGAAUAUUUUCUAAGGUUUUAUAAAAAAAAAAAAAAAACAAACAAAUGCUGCUAUUGAUUAGCUGCAAAAAAAAAUGCACUUUAGACAUAUUUAACAAUUAAGACUUUCAUAAUAAAGAUGGCGACUGGCCAGUGGUGAAACCAUUUUAGGAAGGUAUUUAGAGUUUUGUAUGUAUAUAUUCACUUUCUGACCUUUAUAUAUGCCAAAACAACUGAAAUAAAAAGGCACUAAGAGAUGCAAA